AUGUCCGUCUUUACUUCGCACCUUAGCACCACUACUCAUACUGUGGUCUUGCUCAACCUGCCUUUGCUCGAGACUGCAUUGGACGCACUUGCAUCACUGGUCAUGUUACCAAUUUGCAUCCAGAGAUUUCGUAUGGCUUUGAACGUCCAGCCAAUGUCUGUCAGCGCUGCUUUUGUUUGUCACGGAUCUGCUUUAACUUUAUGCCCGAUGGUGGCUUGUAAGGAUGUUCCCCGUAGUCAUGUCUGGCUCCUAGGCCAGAACAUCCUUGUUGGUCCUGAGCUGCAGGUGCCUUCUUGGUAUUUGUCCCGGGUCUUCCAGUCUCGGCGCAAUCGUGAGCCAAUGGGUUUGGUCUGCUCCUUGGGCCAAUUGCGUUCUGGUAGUGAGGUGUUCCCUUCCUUGGCUCCUCCUAAGUUGCCACUUUUUGGUCCUACUGGUGGUGUCCUAGAUUUGGGUACCUUUGGUCCUGUUGUCUUUCAGGCUAGUCCUCCUGGUUCUGUUCGGUCUGGUGGUGCUCAGUUGCAGUUCCUGGUGGCUUGCGUCGUUCUGGUCGUUUGGCUGGUGCUCGUGUUCGUCCUUGCUCCGCCUUGGUCCAUGUCACCUCUUGAGGGCUCCUUGGGUGCACCUGAGGUUACUACCACAGGGCAUACCCCUCCUACUCCCUUGGUGUCUCUGCCAAGCUCCCCUAGGUCUGCUCGUUCGGAUUCUAUGUCUCCUGUGACAUCGCCUGGGGUGGACCAUUUGAAGCAACCACAAGACCCUAGGUCUCCUAGUGUUCACCAGCAACAGCAACAGCAAAAUCCAGGUAUCCCUCCCCUCCACAUCAUGUGGACCUCUUCCCUGGUUUACAGGAUCAAGAUCGUUUGGGUCGGCCCUUGGUGUCCUGAUGCUGCCACCUGGUAUGCCGUAUCGCCUGUCUUGGGUCGAUGAUGGUGUGGUUGAUGUAGUUCCUUUGUGAAGUCUAUCUUCAUAGUUUUGAAUAAAAACUUGACAAUUGUCCAAGUUCUUGAGUGGUUCCCAUGUAGCAUCAUGAAUUGGAUAGCCUAACCAUUUGACUAGAUACUCGAUGCG